UUUACAUCGGCCGUUGUGUGUCGUUCCUUUACCUGUCCUUUGGCGCUUUUAUUAUAAAAAAACGAAAACAGAACGUAACGUGCUCUGUCGACAAGAAUUGUUCUUCAUCCAACUUAAUAACAAUUGGGCCCUUAGACAUCAGAGAUAAAUCACAUAAUUAGAUUGCUAACAAGGCAGAUAGACUCAACUAAUCCAAAAUGUCGCUAGCAGAUGAACUUAUCGCAGAUUAUGAGGAUGCUGAUGAUGAUUUGGAUGAACAUGAGGCAGAGGUGGAGUCCAUGGACAUUGCAGAGGUCGAUGAAAAGGCUGAAGUUAAUUACCAAGAUAAAGAAUCGGUGAAGAGUGUAGCUAAAUUACGGGACAGUGAACAACUUGCAACUAUUCUAUCCAACAUAGAAAAAUAUGCAUCACAACCAAGAAGAGAUAACGUGGCUGGUCCAGUGGAGGCUGAUCCGGAGUACAAAGUCAUUGUGGAGGCUAACAACAUCACAGUGGAGAUUGACAAUGAAAUAAAUGUAAUUCACAAGUUUACGAGAGACCACUACUCCAAAAGGUUCCCCGAGCUGGAGUCCCUCAUACAGACCCCUAUGGAGUACAUAAAGACAGUUAAGGAACUUGGAAACAAUAUUAUGGAAAAUUCAAAGAAGAAUGAAGUCCUCCACGCAAUUCUGGUGCCAGCCACUAUAAUGGUAGUUAGCGUGACAGCCUCCACGACACCUGGGACGAGUCUAACUGGAGAAGAGUUGGCUACAGUGAUGGAGGCCUGUGAUAUGGCGAUAGAUUUAACAGAACAUAAGGCAAAGAUAUUCACCUAUGUGGAAUCGAGGAUGACCUUCAUAGCACCCAAUGUGACCAUCAUAGUGGGAAGUUCAAUAGCAGCUAAACUCAUGGGUACAGCAGGAGGCCUGACCAACCUGUCUAAAAUGCCCGCUUGUAACGUCCAGUCCCUGGGAGCCCAGAGGAAAACCCUAUCCGGCUUCUCCAUGGCCUCCAUCCAGCCUCACAUGGGCUUCAUCUAUAACUGUGACAUUGUACAAAAAACACCUCCGGAGUUACGUAAAAAAGCGACCAGAUUGGUGUCAGCCAAGUGUACUUUGGCGGCACGCGUGGACAGUUUCCACGAGAGUGUGAACGGAACAGUUGGGGACAGUCUGAGGGCCGAUAUCGACGGAAAGCUGGACAAACUCCUGGAACCACCACCAGUGAAAAAGGUCAAGGCCCUGCCAACACCUAUAGACGCUGCGCGCAAAAAGAGGGGAGGACGUAGGGCUCGAAAAAUGAAAGAAAGGCUUGGAUUAACCGAAGUCAGGAAAGCAGCUAACAGAAUGAAUUUUGGAGAGAUAGAAGAAGAUGCGUACCAGGAUGACCUUGGCUUCUCCUUGGGAACACUGGGUAAAUCGGCAUCAGGUCGUGUUAGGGGGCCGGUAGUCGACUCAAAGACAAAGGCCAAGAUCUCCAAAACCUUACAGUUGAAGGUACAGAAGCAGAACCAGACGUGGGGCGGCAGCACGACGGUCAAACGACAGGUGUCCGGAACAGCGUCCAGCGUGGCGUUCACUCCUCUGCAGGGGUUGGAGAUUGUGAAUCCUCAAGCUGCAGAGAAGAAGGUGUCUGGAGGAAGUUCGACCUACUUCUCCAGUACGGGUAGUUUUGUGAACGUGAAACAGAACAGGUGAAGAGGACAUGAAAUCUACACACACACACAAACAAAAACUGGACUGAUGUAUGAUGUUAUUCGUGCAUCAAGUUGCGACUUUAAUCUCGCCACAUUAUAGCACAUGUUCCAGUGAAGGAAGGUUACGAUGUUAAAAACAUGUCUGCUGGCAAGUCCAGGGGACUCUUCGUCACACGAGGACUUUUAAAGUCCUUAAUGUUUUGUUUUGUUGAGAGAUUGUAAUCUAAGUUCAUCAGACAGGUGACUUAUUGACAAAUGACUAAAUGAGUCUGCAUCACUUACAGGACCUCUAUUUGUGAAGAAUUAUGAUCGCUUGUGGUCAGUUGAUAUUGGUCAGUUAUGGCAAAACAGUCAAGAAUUCAUACAGUGGACAAAAUUAGCCCUGUUGUCACGUUUUAUGUAUUGUUACUGUCUUUAUUUUAUCAUUUCUAGGGGCUUUUAUUCAACCACUCAUUUUGCACAUUGCAGUUUAAUAAAUAUACCAUACUA